AGUUCAUCGACCUCCCCCCAAUAUCUGUUGGAAUGCUCUGAUCCGAAGCGCGCACAGAGAUUUGGCGCUUUGAGUAUCUCCGGGUCUGUAAUCUACAGCACUAAGCCAUUCGUUAUAUUGCAUUUUAGUAAACACGCAGUUCAUAUUCAUGGACAAUCAUGCCUGAGGAAGAAAACAAGCAAAUCGACGAACUUUUUAAAGAUGUCAAAUUUUACAUUGUUGGCGACAUUGACCCAAAGGUGGUGCAACUUCUGAAAGCAGGAAAGGCCAAGGAGGUGUCUUACAAUGCUCUUGCCACCCACAUAAUUGCAGAGGAUGGGGACAACCCAGAGGUGGGCGAAUCUCGAGAGGUCUUUGAUCUCCCCGUGGUCAAGCCAUCCUGGGUGAUUCUCUCUGUGCGCUGUGGAGACCUGUUACCAGUCACUGGAUUCUCUCCGGAGUCGGGACAGAUAUUCUUUGGUGUAACCGUUUGUCUACCUAGACUUCCAGAAGAUCUCAACUCUCUGUGGGCCUUUGUCACAUUUUAUGGAGGCGAAUGUCAACUUAACCUAAACAAAAAAGUCACACACUUGGUGGUGAAGGAACCAAAGGGGGCCAAGUUUGAGUGUGCACUCAAGCACACCAACAUAAAGAUUGUUACUCCAGACUGGAUCACAGAUUCUGUUAAAGAUAAAUGUCGGAAGGAUGAGGCACUCUAUCAUCCCAGACUCACUUAUUUGGAACCCGAUGAAGAAGAGGAGAGUGAAGCAGAUUCAUUUGACCAACACUCAAAUGGCAGCUACAGUCCUCGUCGUUCCAGACGAUCCAGUGGAGGCUCUUCUGGUGAGGAGUCAAGUCCUCGAAGAAGACCAGGCCCCAAAAAGUUCAACUCAAUCUCCACAUCGCAUCGAAAGCAGGAGCAGCGUAGUGAGCGAAUGUUCGAUGACUCUGAUGAUGACUCCCUCACUGAAAAAGAGGGUACCAAUCUCAACUGGACACCAGCAGAAGUCACAUCAACUCCCCAAGUUUCAUUAGGCACAGCCAAACGACGAAGUGGACCCCCUGGGAGCAAAGAUAUGUCUUCUGCAGGCACCGGGCUGAUAAACCUGUGUUCCACUGUUUCUCCUGUUCCAGGCAGUGGGGGAGUCAUAACAGCAGAGCCCCGCGCUGCUGCCCUUGGUCACCCACAGCAAGGUGGGAUUCCUGGGUGGAGCCCUGCUGUCCGAACUCUCCGCAACAUUACCAACAAUACUGAGGUACAACCAGUGAUGCGACCUCCGAAUGUAGCCCAUAUUAUGCAGAAUAUGACAGCCAAUCAAGCAAAGCCAUUGGAACUGCAGACAACACAUGUGCAGACUCCUCAGAGUACCAAUGCUCUUCAAUUUAACCAGUCCAAAGUCACAGGGCCUCAGCAGUUACUGCAACAGCAGCAGCAGUCCCACCAAACUGUUCAGCAGCAGCAUCAGCCAUUGUCACAGCAACACCAACAUCCCCUGCUACACCUCCAACAGCAACAGCAUAUGCUUCAACUACGUCAUCAACAUCAGCCAACGCAGUCUGUGCCGCAGCAUGGGUUUUCGCAGCAGCAGCAGCAACAGCAGCAGCAACAGCAGCAGUUUCUUCAACAACAACAACAACAAAUGCAUCAACAGCAGAUGUUUUCACAACAACAACAACAGCAGCCACAACAGCAACAGCCGCCGCCACAUCAAUUUUCUCAGCAGCAACUGCGACCUCAGCAAGUACUACGCCCCGGUCUUCAGCAGCUGCAGCAACAGCAAGCAUUGCAGCAACAAAUCCAGCAGAUUCAACAGCAGCAACGAAUGCAGAUCUUGCAGCAGCAACAGCAACAGCAUCACCAUUAUCUUCAACAACAAAAUCAGCAGCUCCACCAGCAACAGCUGCAGCAGCAACAACAACAACAGCAGCAGCAACAACAACAACAGCAGCAGCAACAACAACAACAGCAUCAGCAGCAGCAACAACAACAACAGCAACAACAACAACAACAGCACUUUGUGCAACAGUUGCAGCAGCAACAACAGGUGCUGCAGCAGCUUCAGAACCAACAGACUAUACAACAGCAGACACAGCACACAAACCUGCUGCCACAGCCCACUCAGCUCUCACAGCUGUUUGGACAUGAUCCUGGUCAAGAAAUUCCUCAUGAUGGCUUCCUGCUGGGCUGUGUGUUUGCUAUUGCUGACUACCCCGAGCAGAUGAUUGACAAGCAGUUAUUGGCAACUUGGAAACGGGUCAUCCAAGCCUGCGGAGGAGCUGUUGACCCCACCUUGACAAGUAGAUGUACACAUCUGCUCUGUGAAAGUCAAGUUAGUAGCAUGUAUUUGCAGGCCCUGCGUGAGGGAAAACGCUGUGUGACUGCACACUGGUUAAACACUGUUCUGAAGAAGAAAAGAAUGAUUCCUCCUCAUCGGAUGCUGCACUUACCCUUUGCCUUUCCUCCAGGAGCUAAACCCUGCUCUCAGCAUAUUAUGUCAGUGACUGGUUUCGUGGAUGCUGAUAGAGAUGACCUGAAGUUGAUGGCCUAUUUAGCUGGUGCCAGGUACACAGGGUACUUGUGCCGCAGCAACACUGUCCUCAUCUGUAAAGAACCAAAUGGACUCAAGUAUGAAAAGGCGAGGGAAUGGAAGAUCCCUUGUGUCAAUGCUCAGUGGCUCUGUGACAUUUUAUUGGGCAAUUUUGAAGCUCUCCGUCAGAUUCAACACAGCAGAUACUCCAUUUACACUCUCCCAGAACCACUGGUGCCUAAUCCACAUCUGGUCCAGAAUCUGCUAGCUGCUUGGCGAAUACCCAUCAAAGUGUCCUCUGAAUCUCUUGCUACUCUGCAGCUCCUGCAAAAACAGAAGCUGAGUGACUCUACUAACCAACCAGCCAACAAGAAGCCCAGAUUGGAAGAUAUGCAGUCUCCUGGCAUGAAACUUCCUCCAGAGUCAACGCCUCAAGUAAUCUUUACCGGGUUUGAACCCGCACAUGUUGAACAGUACACCAAGAGGGUGCAUGCUUUAGGUGGAGAAGUGGCAGAAGGAGGACAGAAAGCCACACACCUUAUUGCCAGUAAAGUGACCCGCACUGUAAAAUUCCUGACUGCAAUGUCUGUGGUCAAACACAUUGUGACUCCCGAGUGGCUGGAGGAAAGUUGGAAGAGCCAGAAGUUUGUUGAUGAACAGAGCUUCUUCUUGAGGGAUGCUGAGGCUGAAGUAUUGUUUUCCUUCAGUCUUGAAGAAUCGCUGAAAAAGGCCCAAAGUUCACCGCUCUUUCAGGGUAAAUAUUUCUACCUCACUCCUGGGAUCUCACCCAGUAUCACCAUCCUCAAGUCCAUUCUGGAGAGUGCUGGUGGAAAGCUGCUGCCCAAACAACCGUCCUACAGGAAGAUCAUAGAGCACAAACAGAACAAGGUCCUCCCAGAGAUUGUUGUCAUUUCCUGUGACAAUGAUCUGCAUCUCUGUCGAGAAUACUUCAUGAAGGCUAUUGAUGUCCACAAUGCUGAAUUCAUCCUGACUGGUGUCCUCACGCAGAGACUUGACUAUGUCUCAUAUAAGUUCACAUGAUGACCCGCUGCUGAGAAGAGUAACUGUAAAGACCAGCCUCCCUGACUUGUCUGGCUUUUCAUUUCUGUACAUAGGCACAAAGUCAUUUUGUAGUUUUGGUAACACAUUUGGAAAAAAAUAAAUUAACAUUAUUUUUGUGAAAUUAAUCUUUAAAUUAUGGAUUUUAACAUUUUCUUUGGAUAAAGUGGAAAGUGUAAAGGCUUCUGCUGCUUCUUUGGAAUAAAAUUGUUCUAUUUAUUUGUGGGGUUUGUUGAUUCACUCCUUGGGAAGCAUGUGUUUUUAUUCAGUGAACCAGAAAGCUUUAGACACCACAGCAAAAAUAAGCACGUGAGCAUAAGUAGCAUAUGAGCUGUAGGAAUGUGCGAGGUCACGCUGACAACUGUGGAUUGAAGCUGCUUACCUGAACAUCAGUGGAAGAAAGAAU